CUAACUUUUUCUGAGCUAUUCUGUUUGAAUUUAGUUUAAGACCUUUAGUGUAAGACCUUCACAUACUGUAAGCUUUUCGGUUACGCUCAGUACUUUGUCUGUUUGCUUCGUGAAGGAUAACUAUGUCGGACGCUUUGUCUGAUGACGGCAGCGUGAACCAGGAUGACAGUCAGGAGGAUGUUAUGACCCCGGCGGAGCUGAUAGCCAAACUGGAAGAAGCAUGGCUGAAUGAGAAGUUCUCCCCGGAGCUGCAGGAGAACAAGUCCGAGGUGGUGGAGUGUGUGAUGGAGCAGCUGACUCACAUGGAAGAAAACUUGCAGCGGGUGAAGAAGGGUGACGCGAAGGCCAGCAUCCAUCGCAUGGAAAUAGACCGAAUUCGCUUCGUGCUCAGCAGCUACUUGCGCUCCCGUCUGCAGAAGAUUGAGAAGUUCUUCCCUCACGUCCUGGAGAAAGAAAAGUCACGAGGGGAGGGGGAUCCGUCUCUGCUUUCACCUGAGGAGUUUGCAUUUGCCAAAGAGUACUAUGCCAACACAGAAACCUACCUGAAGGCUGUAGCCCUGAAGCACAUGCCCCCCAACCUGCAGACAGUGGACAUGCUCAAAGCAGUGCCUGAGCCCUGCCUGGACUCCUUUGUGUUUCUACGAGUGAAGGAGAAACAGGAAAACAUCUUGGUGGAGCCCGAGACCGAUGAUCAGAGAGAGUACGUUGUCGAUCUGGAAGAGGGCUCUCAGCAUCUAAUGCGGUAUCGAACUAUAGCACCACUUGUCUCGACUGGAGCCGUGCAGUUAAUUUAAAAAUCAAGGUCGCUGCUUGUGUGGUUGCUUCUGGUUCCAGUUGGUCAGAAAAAAAGCAAUUUUGAUGCGAAAGGACAUUAAAGUGGAGAGAUUACAUCUGGAAAUGCAGCCAUCUUUCCCACUGUUGUCAGGAUUAAGGAUUGCUUGUGGGAGGCACACACAGACAUUUGUGGCACCAUGUCAUCUAGACACCGUGGGGAAAUAACAUCCAACAUGAUGUCUUUCCUGGUGUUGUGGGAUGCUUGUUGACGAAUGAACCGUGUUUACCAGAGCAGCGUUUGCAGUGUGUGGUGUUCUUUUUGGACUUUUUAAAAUCAUGUCACAACAAGUUUGGUUACAUAAUUCUAAUGUAUUCUGGUGUGUUGGUGUUUGUGAGGCUGAUUUAAGAUUAUCUAAUGCUAAUUAAUUCUGUUGACUCACAUCAUUGGACUUUUACAAGAUGCAUCCAAAGGGGAAAUUUCCAUCUGUUGUGCUUGGUGCAGAGUGCGUAAAUAAAUGCGUGUAUGUGUGGUAGAACAUUCCUUUGAAUGGCAUCCACGCUUAAAUUAACAUGCAUUUCUGUCUCUUUAAAUAAUAGAAAUCCUGUUAGAGUUCAGAUAACGUCUGUGCCUCUUCUCACCUUGGCUUCCACUUUCAGACGUGUGUAUUAUAUGUUUUAAACUCCCCUCUGCUUCACCAAGCUCUUCUGACUGUGUGUGUGUUUUGGUUUUACCCUAAAGGGGUGUGUGGAACAUCGUUCUCUGAGACAUAAUUGUCAUAAUAACAUUGUUAUAUAAUGGUCUCAAAGGGAGCAAUCAGUGCUUAUUGUUUGCCCUCACACAGAUUGCUCAGUUUUUGGAACUAAUAAGGGACUGCAGGAGAGCGAGGCUGUGCAAAUCUGAACCACGUGUCAAAUUACUUUUGAACUGCACCGCCAAUCUAAUUAGAAUCGUAGUGUGAUGGUGAGGAUAGGAGCAAUGCACUGGGAGUGUCUUCUAGAUUUACACAGGAAGAAAUCUGAGAAGCAUAGAACAGGAAAGCUUUCAUAUAAAAACGUUUCAAAAUGAAAGAAGCGUUCUUUAAGACUUUGAAAUGUGGAUUUAAAAAAUAAAUAAAGAUAUUGAAUUGUU